UCUCCACAUUGUAGCGUGAUAAGAACAUCUAUCGGCAAGAUGGCGAGGAUCAUCUGGAUUUCUAUUCUUAUCAUCAUAGAGACAUCUCUCCGAGCUGCUUCACAGACUGUCUCCAUUUCGGAUAUCACCCACAAUUCUGCCCUUCUUUCGUGGGACAUCGCCGUUGAGGGCGCCACACUCCGGACAUUCCGGAUCAGCGUUGACUGUCGCCUCUGCGUCCCUUUUGAGGUCCCUGCGAACACCACCAGUACUCAACUCUCCGGACUCAAAGACAACACGCGCUUCCAAGCUUGCGUCACACCUUACACAGCCGCUAUUGAGUUGGGCUCAGAGUGUGUUUCAUUCAGAACCAGUUUAUCGCCUGAAACAGUUGGGGCAUUGUUUGUUGGUAUUUUCCUCGUUGUGUCUUUCUUCGUGUUGGUCGCGAUGGAUUUAUUAUGCCGACGGCACCAAAUUGAAGUGGAGGAUGCCAAACAAAAUGAACUCCUUGAACAAGGAUGGCAGACCUUCAAGAGAAGUAGUACGGGGAGAGUCGCGAAGAAAGUGUCAAGGGCAUCAGCUGCUCCCUUGGAACCUACUCGAUCGGAGGACGAUGCCUUUGAUAAUAUUGGUGAUGUCACUUUUGAAGAGGAUUUACCUGAAUGAUCGACCAGUACAAUCUUAAAAACAGGAUUUCCCAAAUGCUGAAAAAAUAGACAAUAUAUAAAAAAAAUUAUAAAGAAAAAGCUAAAAGACUUGGUGUGCAUCAUGGUCAUGAUUUUGUAAAGCUGCAAAGUAAGUUGGUUACCGACAGAAAUAUUUACCAAAGAAUGUCUUAACGUUUACCAAUGAAUCGACUCUUCGAAUUUCAUAAAACACGAUGUACUUUUUGGAUCUGCAUAUCAAAGGUGCUUUGGUUUAAUAAUGAGGCUAUCAUCAUUCCAAAAGGCAUGAUGACAUUUCUUGUAGUAACCUUCGCCACUCUUAGUUUCAUUCGGCAGUGGUAACUAAUAUUCUUUGGAAGUUUCCUUUAGACUUCGUGGAAGUCUAAAUGCUACCACAUCCAUGACACCAGGACUGACACGAAAGUUUGAUCCCACGCAUGACUUCUCAGACACGAGCCAAUUCAAAAUCAUUCAAACACGCCCUUUAAAUCGAUCAGGAUGUUCAGAUCAUAAUGAUCAUGAUUAAAAGUGGUGUUUUUAUCUCUCUCUCUCUCUCUCUCUCUCUCUCUCACUCUCUGACAAAUGACACGGAGAGGGGCAGUUGAGAAAGCUCAGAGUACACUGACCCAUGUCCGAAAUCAUUGAAACAACAAUGAGCGAUGUAAUCAAUUUAUGUUUCAUCCUUCUCUCCGAGCUUUCGAAGAUACUUGUCAAUGAUAUACCCGCAUUUUUCAGAGGAACGAGUCGGGUUCUUGAUGCUAUUUCUUACUGAAUUAUUCAUUCGCCGAGUAAACGCAUUUAAACGAUUUGUGGCGCUACCCCGUGAACCUGUCGGCCAGUAUUGACAGGAUAUUAAUGUCCGCCACAGAGAGAACUGGGGAACAUUACAUGAAGGGACAAAGUGUGUUUUAUUCAACAGUUACCAGAACAACUGGGCUUCUCAGCCAAUCAAAACCAAGGAAAGUUGUCAGAUCUGACAUGUCCUUGCCCGACGAAAAAUGGUGAAGAAAUGCUUUCCUAGUUCUUGUAUCAUGUGUAUAGGCGAAUAAAGGAUUCCGUAAAGAGCGUCCAAACUAGACUACAUGUGAUGGACCUGACGGCUGCAAGACUUCUGAAAGACCACAGGUGUGACGAUAGGAUAUUGAUAGUUCUUCACAAUCUUUCAGUGAACUUUGAAUGAUUUCUUAGGUCAAUCUUGAUUCGUCAGAUUUCAGGAAAUUAUAGGUCUCUGGUAUCCAUGGAAACUACUAAAUUUUGAAACGGUUCAUGAUAAUUUUUCAGUCAUCCACUAGAAAAUUGGUCCUUCGAUGAACCGUCCUUUACCUUAGUCUUUCAGUGAUCUCUAAAGAUGCAGUCAUACCAACGAAACCGACUCCAAACCGACCGAUGGUAAGUCAUUGGAAAUGACGUAGUAGAUUUUGUUCGGUCUGGUGUCGGAUUUGCAAAUAUGACCGUAGCAUCACUUGGCUCCCAAUGUUCUAACUAAUGUUUAAAUAAUCCUUCGUGGAAGUUCGGCCACCUUUUUGAAGAAGGUUUUAUUAUAACCACUGGAAAAUCAUGGAAAACUUUUGAGACCUUUAUGAAACUUGGAGAGAGAAAAAUGGUAUGAAGAUUGCCGAGAUAACACGACACUGUAACGGAAGAUUCGAUCAAAAUAAACGAUUGAUUGUUAAUCUUAGUCUAUGGCAAACCAUGUUAGAAAUAUUACAGUUGAUUGUAAAUCUGAAUAUAGUCCCUUUUCUUAAAGACCCAUUAAUCGCCUGAAUGAUCUCUUAAGAUAAGUUGAAAGAUUGCGAUGGAACUGUUCUGUUCUUUCAGAUAUUUUGAGUGACAUGGUCUUAUAAUGGUAUAUUUUCCCCCGAGUUCUUGAUCAGUCUCACCAAGACAUUAGAUGACGAUCUUAUUUACAAUUUGUAAGGUGAUCUCUCUCUCAGUAAUUUAUUAUUAACAAUCGACUUAAGGGGCCAACUUUGCCAUCCAAUGGUAACUAUCACAGUAACAAUGGAUAAAAAUCAAUCACAAUCGAGGAUUCCAUGCAAUUUACCAUCGGAUGGUAAAGUAAGUUUUGUGCAUCAGGGUUCAGGUCGUGAAGACUAUUGAGAUAUCUUGCCAAUUUUGAUCUCUCAUUGGUCUCUAGGAGAUUUGCUUUGUUAGGAAAAAUAUUCUAGUAGUGAAAGCUCUUAGUGAACCGAGGUGCCUGGUUAAGUUGUGUCAAAGAAUAUAUAUAAUAACUUUUUCGUAUUCAAUUUGAAUUUACAUGUAUUGCAAUUGUUUUACCUUUUUGAAUAAAAAUUAAUGCUUAUGACA